GGAAUAAGGGGUUUCAUCAUGUUAUAUGUGUUUGGGAGGUGACAGGGAUGAUGGAGCUUGGAUUUCCCUGGAGCUCGGUGUCUUGGUAACAGUGAGCUGGCUGCUGGAGGGCGUGUUUCCUCUCCACACACUGCACAGAAAGGGAUGGGACAUGGAGCAGGAGACAAUGUGCCCGGUGUGAAGAAUUAGCAGCCGAUCGAAGACUUGCCGACAAGAUGCCGGUUCGCAGGGGCCAUGUCGCGCCUCAGAACACCUACCUGGACACCAUCAUCCGCAAGUUCGAGGUGCAGAAUCGGAAGUUUCUCAUCACCAAUGUUCGGAUGAAAAACUGCGCCAUUAUCUUUUGCAACGACGGCUUUUGUGAGAUGUUCGGCUACUCCAGGGUGGAAAUCAUGCAGAAACCUGGCACUUGUGAUUUUCUUACCGGACCAGCCACGCCAGAGAGUGCGAUGGCACAGCUGGCACAAGCCCUGCUCGGAUCCGAGGAGAUGAAAGUAGAACUGCUGUAUUACAGGAAAGAUGGCUCCUCCUUGCCCUGUCUGGUGGAUGUUGUCCCGGUGAAGAAUGAAGAGGGAGCUGUCGCCAUGUUCAUCAUGAACUUUGAGGAGCUGAAGGACACUCCACACAAGUCAGGGAGAGGGGAUGUGAACCACAGGCUGCCCCAGGACUGGUUCAGCUCCAGUCGCGGGAAGAGUUUUAAGCUAAAACUUCCAUCUCUUCGCACAAUGACCUUAAGCCAACAAUCUCUGGCCAAGGAGGGAUUCGAUGCAGCGAUUGAUGACCAAUCAGACGGUGACUCCUUGGCCAUGAAGGAUUUCCGAGGCCACUUGAGUGAAAACUGCAUCCAGCCUGAGGCUGGAGAGCGGGAAGCUCUGAUUGAACUGGGGAAUAAAUCAGACGUACAGGCUGUCCCUGAACCCAUGGGCCAUCCAUCGCCCAGCCAGGAACAGGAGCAACUGGAUCCUGACCUCCGCUAUACCAACACUCAGCUCACACACGUCCAGUCCCACGACAGUUUCCACAGCAUCCGACGGGCUUCUUCAGUCGACAACAUUGAGCUGAUGAGGAAUAAAUUUGAGAAGAAAUUCAGGGAGAAAAGAAUAAGUUCAGGCGGGUCGAAGAACUUUAAGCCAUACCUCCUUAACUCCACGUCAGACUCGGACUUGAUGAAAUAUCGAACUAUCAGCAGAAUCCCACAAAUCACCCUCAACUUUGUGGAUUUUAACCCUGAUGUCAUCUUAACCCCAUCCCCGACGGAGAUCGAGAUCAUUGCCCCCAGCAAAGUGAAAGAGAGAACUCAGAACGUCACAGAGAAAGUCACCCAGGUUCUCUCGCUCGGAGCUGAUGUGCUUCCAGAAUAUAAGCUGCAAGCCCCUCGCAUUCACAAAUGGACAAUUCUUCACUACAGCCCUUUCAAGGCUGUCUGGGACUGGCUCAUUCUCCUGUUGGUCAUACACACUGCCAUCUUCACUCCCUACUCUGCUGCCUUCCUGCUUAAUGAUCAGGAAGAGGAGAAGCGACUGGAAUGUGGCUACUCAUGCAACCCACUGGCUGUCGUGGAUCUAAUCGUUGACAUCAUGUUCAUCAUCGAUAUCAUCAUCAACUUCCGCACCACCUACGUUAAUGAGAAUGAUGAAGUUGUGAGCCACCCAGCCAAGAUCGCAAUCCAUUACUUCAAGGGCUGGUUCCUCAUCGACAUCGUGGCUGCCAUUCCAUUCGAUCUUCUCAUCUUCAGGUCUGGCUCUGAUGAGACGACGACUCUAAUCGGGCUCCUGAAGACAGCUCGUCUCCUACGGCUGGUCCGAGUUGCCCGUAAACUGGACCGCUAUUCGGAGUAUGGGGCUGCAGUGCUGUUCCUGCUCAUGUGCACCUUUGCCCUGAUUGCCCACUGGCUGGCAUGUAUCUGGUAUGCCAUUGGCAAUGUGGAGAGACUCUACAUGGUUCACAAGAUAGGCUGGCUGGACAAUCUGGGAGACCAAAUCGGGAAGCGAUACAAUGACAGUGAUGCCUUAUCUGGGCCCUCCAUUAAGGACAAGUAUGUGACCGCUCUCUACUUCACCUUCAGCAGCCUGACCAGUGUUGGAUUUGGGAAUGUUUCUCCCAACACCAAUUCCGAGAAGAUCUUCUCCAUCUGUGUCAUGUUGAUUGGCUCUCUGAUGUAUGCCAGUAUUUUUGGAAAUGUCUCCGCGAUCAUUCAGCGACUAUACUCCGGCACUGCCCGCUACCACACACAGAUGCUCCGAGUGAAAGAAUUCAUCCGCUUCCAUCAGAUUCCCAAUCCCCUGCGACAGAGGCUGGAGGAAUAUUUCCAGCAUGCCUGGUCAUACACCAAUGGGAUUGACAUGAAUGCUGUUCUGAAGGGUUUUCCAGAGUGCCUGCAGGCCGACAUUUGUCUCCACUUGAACAGGAGCCUCCUCCAGAACUGCAAGGUCUUCAGGGGGGCAAGCCCAGGGUGCCUGCGAGCUCUGGCAAUGAAGUUCAAGACCACACACGCUCCUCCUGGUGACACACUGGUCCACUAUGGCGACGUACUGACCGCGCUCUAUUUCAUAUCCCGUGGCUCCAUCGAGAUCCUGCGUAAUGAUGUGGUGGUGGCCAUCUUGGGCAAGAAUGACACAUUUGGGGAGCCAAUCAGUCUUUACGCCAGGCCAGGGAAAUCGAACUCCGAUGUACGAGCUUUAACGUACUGUGAUUUACACCGGAUCCUGCGUGAUGACUUGCUGGAGGUUCUGGACAUGUACCCUGAUUUCUCCAAUAACUUCUGGACCAAUUUGGAGAUCACUUUCAAUCUCAGAGAUGCAGACCGGAUUCUCCGCUCACCCCCAAGUGAGGAUUCCGACAGUGGGGACAGGCGGGUUCGACGAAGGAAGCACUCUUUUCAGGAAAGGAGCAACGCUGAUGAUUUGAAUAAAGGCGAUCCAGAGGGAGACAAGGUCCCUCUAACAAACCACCGCACUCACACUGCGAGGGACCACUGGGACUUCAGCAGCAUGACCCCUCACUCACAGACCAGUGAGGAGAAUCUCAAGGCUUCAACUUUCAGCAUCAAUGAGACGAAGAGCAGAUCCCCAGCAAAAAAUCUGAAUUUUGUUACAUCUGACACGGGCCCUGUGGAGGUCAGGAGGAAAGGCAGUGGAUCUAAUCCCUUUACAGGUACUUUCACAAGUGUGUCGAACGUGUUCAGCUUCUGGGGUGAGAGAAAGGGCAGCCAGUUCUCAGAGUUACACGGGCGUUCAGUGUCAGCUCACGUUAACCUGGGGACGGCAUCCAGCAUGGAGGACAGGGCCAGGAUUGAGGUGGAAUCCAGGUUGGAGAUGCUCCAUGCACAGCUUAACAGGCUGGAGACUAGGAUGACAGCCGAUAUCAACAUUAUCCUGCAGCUCCUGCAGAGACAGGCAGUACCAGUACCUGUUCCCCCUGCCUACAGUGCUGUCUCGCCAACAUCCCACUCUAUCGAUUUGUACUCUCCACUGUCAGCAGAAUCGAAAGCUUCAUCCUCUGCUCAACCUGCAACUCCGCUUCCAGCAUCCCUUCUGGAGACUCCAUGCUUUUCCAAGGCGGAGAAACAACAGAGGAAAACCCAGGAACCCUUGACUGGUGGAACUCAGCUGACAAUGGCGCCAGAUCAAGCUGUCACCCUCCACCCUGCACCCAGGCACCAAACAUCCCCUCCCCUUCUGGCAAAUCUUCAGAGACCGCCUGCCUCACCUACUUACUUCAGCCCAUCCCGCUUUCCCUCACUCCCAGAGCAUUUGGAAAGUUCCAGCACACAUACAGACAUUAAGCGACAUGUAUCGGAUCCAGUCCUUCCAGGCAGUUAGGGCCUCGUCACGAGUUUGUAGGAACUUUACCUCGCUCCAUCCUCUGUUUUCAAACCACAUUGCAGAGACCAGUGCUGCCUUGGGGUCCUGUCCAUCUCUUGGUUUUAUGCUGCAAAUGGGAGAUCAGGCAGGACUGUAUUACUAAAGCUGCUGCAAUACAACCUCAAACAAUUUGGUUUGUGUACAAAUGGGAGGAAAUGGAGCAAACCCAAUCAGCUAAUUAUUAAUUCCAUUGCUUUAUUUUUAAAAGUAUUUAUCAUCAUCCACAGGAAAAGAAAACAACAGCCAUUCUGUGAACAGUCUCAGGAUAUUUCAAAAACUUUGUCCACAGGUCUGGUUCUAGAUGGACAAUAAUUUUCAAUAAAUUUGAAACACAUGUUGAACAGCAAUGGAACAAUUUAAGAUGGUACAUCGGAGUGUAUCUAACCCAUGCAGUACCUGGGAGUGCUUGGUGCAUUGUAAAUGGAACUUGCCUCUCCAUCUGUGCUUUGGUACGGUCAUCUUAACUUUUAGGCUGUAGCAGUUGGCUGACAGUUGUACACUCUCUGCAGUUUGUUUUUCCAUUGAUGUCACUCAAUUAUCAGGCAGCUGUCAAACCAACAGUAAAUCUACUACAACCAUUUGACAUUGACCACAGAGGUUAAAAUUACCCAAGUGCGAACAAUGUAGAAUUCCACCCCCCAGCAUGAGCGUGCUCCAAAUCCUCUCGCAACCUUACACUCCAUAAACCCUUCAAUCCAAAGGAGGGCAGAGCAGUCAUUGAGUUUUCCCAAUUCUCCAGUAAUAUUAUAAUGGAGGACAGUUAGCAUUCCCCCUACACAUUGCAGAAUGUCUGGUAAGAAGUGGAUGGCAUGUACACUCUGCAUGGUCCUAAAUUUCUCCAUAGUACCAGAACCCUCACCUGAACCCAAUUCCCACAGGUUUCAGAUUGACAGCUGCUGCCCUUGCAUCCUCCAGCAAACAGGAAACCCUAACCGAGCCUACAGCUCAUGGGAUUAAGUAGCAUCUGAUUGAUGAGAAAAAUGGGGGCAAUGUUCUGAUUGGCCAAGAAAUCUUGCUCUUGGAAACAGAUUUGCAUUGAAAACAUAUAAUAAACAGUAACCUGAUUAGCUGA